UCCAUCGCCCGCACAAUACAAAAACCCCGACCUCCUCUCUCGCCCUCAAAACCCUAACCCUCGUUUUCUCCUCCUCCUCCUCCUCCUCCUCGUUCUCCUCUCCGUAGAUCGAACUUGGAAUCGAGAAUGGAGAUCCCUCAGAACGAUUUCGAGCGCCUCGUCUUCUUCGAGCACGCGCGCAAGACCGCGGAGGUCGCCUACGCCGCCGACCCCCUCGACGCCGACAACCUGACGAGAUGGGGAGGGGCUCUUCUUGAGUUGUCUCAGUUUCAGAAUGGGGUUGAUACUGUGAAGUACGUGGAAGAUGCUGUAUCGAAACUGGAGGAGGCAUUGGAGAUUAAUCCCAGGAAGCACGACGCUCUCUGGUGCUUAGGAAAUGCUCACACUUCCCGUGCUUUUUAUACUCCUGAACAUGAUGCGGCAAAGGUCUAUUUUGCAAAGGCCACCCAGUGUUUCCAGAAGGCUGUCGAGGAGGAUCCUGAAAAUGUGAUGUAUAUCAAGUCGUUGGACCUAUCUGCUAAGGCACCUGAACUGCAUUUAGAGCUCCAAAGUCAGAUUGCCAGCCAACAAGUUUCACAGGGAACAUCCUCUGCCUCAAGUGCGAAGGCAACGAAGAGUAAGAAAAAAAAGAACAGUGACCUAAAGUACGACAUACUCGGGUGGGUGAUCCUCGCGGUGGGAAUUGUUGCGUGGGUGGGGAUGGCAAAAUCCCAUGCGCCUCCCACCCCUCCUCCCAGGUGAAGAGGCCUCCUACGAGCGAGUCUCUUAUAAAUCCACGCAUGCUGUGUUCUAAGUAAUAUUUGAACUGUUUUAGUGUGAGAUUUAAUGAGAUGAAAACUACAAGGGGCAUUGCGGAUAAAAUUGUGGAGCGUGUAGCUUCUUGAUUGAUGCUUUUCCCAGUUUCCUCUGAGCCGAAUGAUCGGUUCAGGGUAUACUCAGUUUUAGGUUAUAGCUGGUGUUUGUUUUUGGUUUUUUUCACUUUCUUUUUUGUCUGGAUCUUUAAUAUGAUUUUAGGAUAAAGAGCUUGUUACCAUGGUGUGGUUUCGGAAGGUUCUUUCUUUGCAAUAAUCUCUACAGGGUAAUGACUUUGGUUCCUCUGUAUUGCCAGAUCGAAA